AUGGCCGAGGCAGACCAUGGUGGGCAAGACCAACCACGGAACGCACCAAAGCGUAAACCGGUCCCCGGCAAAGGGUUCGGGAAAACGAGAAGAGGGUGUUUUAACUGCAAGCGUCGCAGGGUGAAAUGUUCCGAGUGUCGCCCCGAGUGUCAGGGCUGUCGACGGCUGGGCAUGCACUGUGUCUAUCCAGCGACCACCUUACCUCAGAUUCGCCACUCAAUAGUAUCUACACCGUCAAGGGUCAACCUAUCUCUUGACCAUCUGAGGUUCUUCCAUCAUUUCCUUAUCGAAGCAUACCCACCGCAUCCGCAUGCUUCGUCAGCUGUAUGGCAGGACGUUGCUGCACUGUCGCACGAGCAUGACUUCCUAGCAUCAUCUAUACUGGCACUCGCUGCUCAACACCUUACUCUAUUCAACCACGCCGAUUACUCGGUGCAGGCUCUCGGUCUCAGAGUCUCUGCCAUCAAUGGACUGAACCACGCUCUAUCACAGCCCUGUCUCACGGCAGCUGAAGCCGACGCUCGGUAUGCUGCUGUGAUUGCUCUCACAUUUCAGUCGUCUUACAUGCUAGAUGGAAUGAUGGACUUUCUGGCCAUGAUGCGUGGCUGGAUGCUCAUUCAGACCACUCUGGUUGCAGAUCGUACAAAAUCCAUGUUCUGCACUUUCACUCGUGAAUCAUUCGUUGGAAGCAUGGAGAGACAUAUUGAACAACAGGAAAAUGCUGGCAAUCAUACACUCAUCCAAGACUGCCUUGCUUCACUGAAGACAGUUGAACCUUUAUGCCGAUGCAAUGCAGAACGACGAUAUUGGUCUGUGUUAGAGAGGCUAGCGCAGCUGAGCACUGCAUCUCCACGUGAUGCAUUUCUUGAGAUGGUGCCUUGCUACGCCUUGACAAACAAGAUGACCGACGACGAAUACGCCGGCUUCACAGACCCUUCUAAUCACGUGGCCCAAGUGCUCCUCGCGCAUUUCCUUAUGUUGGACCACGUCUUGGAGACAUGUUUCUCCGAGACCACAACACGACAUUUCGCUUUCAGCAAGGGCAUUACAAAGGCUUGGAUCAACAAUAUUGCAAGUGCUCUUCCCAAGAGCUUCUAG